AUGCCACACCCGAUCCUCAAACAUGGCAGCCGCGAUCGCGACGGACGGCCCGGCAGGACUAUGAAACCUCACCACGCUCGAAAACGCCUCGUGCAGCGCCGCGUUUCUCGACACCAGCGCGCCCAGCCGCAGUCCCGACGACGCAAAGUCCUUGGCCAGGCCGUACUCCACGUGCACCAAGUCCGGAUCGAUGAUGCCCGCCGGGUCGAUAGACAGCACCGACGUGAACUCGGGCAUCUCCUCACAAGACCUAAACACGGAAAGCCCAUACACCUCAUCACUGACAAGAUGAAUCUUGUGCCUCCCACAAAACCGCAUAAUCGCCACAAGCGUCUCGCGGGGGUAACACCGUCCCAGCGGAUUACUCGGAUUCACAAUCAUCACCGCCCUAACCCUUACCCCCUUCCCCAUCUCUCUGCGCACCGCAGCCUCCAUCUCCUCAAUCACCACGUCCGGCAUGAAACACGUCUCGGGCGUGGUAUCGGCAUACACGACCUCCACCCCCAUCUCGUUCCCGAAAUCAAGCUCGAACCGCCCAUACACCGGCCUCGGCACCAACACACCCUCACCAGGCGACGCAAGCGCAAACGCGAGAAUACACUGCACGGCCGUCGCCCCCGCCGCGACCCUCACAUGCUCCAUGUCCAGCGGCGUAUGGGGACUGAACGUGGCAUUCAAAUGCCCCGCCAUCGCGGCGCGGAGACGGGCGCCGCCGGCGGUGCUGUAGCUGUACCCGAAGACGUCGGGUGGGAGCGGGACCGUGGCGGCGAAGGCGGCGACGGCGGGCUGCAUAAGGGCGUUGCUUGCGCUGCCAAAGGAGAUGAGGCCCGAGGGAUUGGUGGAGGCCGAGUAGGUCUGGACGGGGGCGAAGCGCCACGGCCGAUGGAGGGCCGAGGCGGUUUUGGCGGCGCGGGGCGAGAGCAUCGCGCCUUUGGGGGAUGUGGUGCAGGUCAUUUGUGUUUGUUUGCGUAA